AUGGCCUGUGAAUUUAAUCUAAACUUCCUUAAAGAACUGGAACGAGAGGCUGUUCUGGAAGUCCUGUACCGUGACCAGGUGGUGAGAAAAACAGAAGAGGAAAGAAUAAGAAAACUGAAACUACAGCUGCAGCAGCUUCGGUGGAAAGGAGCAAGAAAUGAGAGCCGUGAAUACCAGGAGAGGUCUUGUGCUCGUUGUCAGAAAUCACUUGGGCUGUUGAUGAACAGAGGUGCAGUGUGCAAUGGGUGCAGUCAUCGGGUGUGCUCUGAAUGCCGUGUCUGCCUGAAUCCUUGCCUGUGGAAGUGCACCGUUUGUUACGCUCACGGAGAUGUGAAAGUAAAGGCUGGUGAAUGGUUCUUUGAGGAACGAGCAAAGAAAUAUCCAGGUGAAGGCAGACAUGAGACAGUUGGUGCAAAGCUCUUGGAAUCUUAUCAGAAACUGAGUAAAAUUUCUGUUGUGCCUCCAACUCCGCCUCCUUUCAUGGAAUCCACAGCAGGAAGUGACAAAACGGAACUUGGACAGUCUAAACGCUUUAAUAAAUCUGUGGAAAACUUGUUUUUGUCUCUCACAACACAUAUAAAAAAAAUCUCUAAGUCCCAGAAUGAUAUGGCUGACAGACGUCUCUUAACCACAGAUUAUGGGCAGAACGUGGAAAGAAGGAAGCAAAGAAGAAGCCAGUCUGACACUGCCAUCAACAUUACAAGCAGGAUCAAAAGUACACCCAGUCUUCAAGAGCUCAUCACUGGGGCCCAAGAUGACAGUGAAAUUCUGACCAAAAGGAAUUGCAAGGAGGAGGAAGACAUAACAACCAGUCCCACAAGUGAUACAGUUUUCUGUGAUGGUAGAAAACACGGGAGUUUGUAUAGUCUUAGCAGCACUUGCACCGAGUCUGGCAAUUUUGGCAAGGCUUCCAUCACUGGAGAAAUAGAGUUUGCAAUAAGAUACAUCUUCAAAGCUUGCAUCUUAGAAAUUUGCAUCAGGGGAUGCAAGAACCUGGCUUAUGGAGAUGAGAAGAAGAAAAAGUAUAAUCCGUAA